AUGACUACACGCGAUUUCAACAAAGUCGGCUUCAUUGGCCUUGGAGCCAUGGGAAAGCACAUGGUCGAACAUCUCGCGACCAAUCUCCCUAAUGAGAGCCGCAUCUUCGUAUAUGAUAUUUCAAGCGCUCCAAUUGAUGACCUAGUGAGCAGAUAUCCAGGCAAGGUCAUACGCAGCGUAUCACCGAAGGAUGUAACAGAGAAUUCGACAAUCAUGCUCUCCAUGGUCCCGGAAGGGAAACAUGUCAAUUCCGUAUAUCUCACCCCGGAAACCGGCGUCACAGCCGCACCCCUCCACAACAAACUCCUCAUCGACUGCUCAACAAUCGACAUCGCCACAAGCCUCAGCGUCAGAAACUACAUAGCAACCCACCACCCAACAACCUCCUUCUAUGACGCCCCAGUCAGCGGUGGCACUCUCGGAGCCAAAGCCGGUACCAUCGCGUUCUUCCUCGGCUGCGCGGUAACCGACGAGAAUCUCCCGUGUAUGAGCAAAUUGCUGCGUCUCAUGGGAACCAAGAUGAUCCCCUGCGGCGGCCCAGGAUCCGGUCUUGCUGCGAAACUGUGCAACAAUUACCUCUCUGGCCUAAUUGCGAUCGCAAGCUCGGAGUCUCUCAAUAUGGGGAUCCGCGCUGGUCUUGACCCGCGCGUACUCAAUGAUGUCAUCGGUGCUGGGACUGCGGCGAAUGCGAUCUGUGCGGACUAUAAUCCUUGUCCUGGAGUUGUGACCAAGGCGCCCGCCAGCAAGGGGUAUGAGGGUGGAUUUAAGGUGGAGUUGAUGAAGAAGGACUUUGGGCUUGCAGUGGAGUUGGCGACGGGUGUGGGUGCGAAUUUAGUGCUUGGGGAAAAGGCGCUCGAGACGUAUACGGCCGCGGCGGAGGACCCGAAUUGUCGGGGUCGGGACUCGAGGGUUGUAUAUAGGUUUAUUGGCGGGGAUGAGAAGUGGAGGGCGAGAUUUGGAGGUUAG